AUGAAUUCUAUGCCAAAACCAGAAAGACAUGCUGAAUCAUUGCUUGACAUUUUUCAUGAUACAAACUCUUCCCCAACUGAUAUGAUGACAGUCACCAAAAAUCAAAACAUAAUCUUGCGAAGCAUCAGUAGCAGUGAGGAGUUUGACCAAGAUAAUGACUGCAGUCAUUCCGUAUUAGUCAGCGAAGAAGGAGAUCCCAGUGGCGAUGAGCAAAGCUGGACACCCAGGACAGAAGGUGUUGAGAUUAUUGUGACAUUGCCAGGAGAUGUACGUCCCCGAGAAAUAAGCCAAGAAGAUCUAAGAGAAAACAAUCAGAUAGCUUUACUGAAUCCAGAAUGGGCACGAGCCCAUUCUGUUUCUCUUCCAAAAGAAACUGAAAUGAUGAACCUUCAGACAAAGACACUGACCAUGCAGCCUUUACUGAAGAAGAAAGAGGAACAUGUCAAGGAGCUAAGCAACAUGAACUUGGACUUUUUGUUGCCAACACCUUGUUUAGAACCAAAUAUCUCCAACUCUAUAACCAGAGAAGUUACUCCCCAUUUCCUGAAUGGUCAAGAAAGAAAAUCUGAAGAGUUUUCUACCUCUGAUAUGAAGUACAGUAGCCGGAGAAUUGAGUUCCCUCUGCCACCAUUAUCACUCUUGCCCAUGAGAACUGACGUCCUUACUAUUCAGAAAAAUCACAAGUUUCCAAAAGAGAGAGAAAGAAACGUUCCACACUUCUCAUCCUUCUGUAAGCUCUCAGCACCUGCUAGUCAAUCUGAAGAAGGUAGUUCAUCAAACAAGCAGCAGGAGGUCCCAGUUAGGGUGCUGGUGGAUCAAACUCUUAGGUUUUCUGACAGUUCUAUUUGGUCAAGAAACAUGUGCUCUUUUCAGAAGGCUAACCAUCAUAGACAGCACAUGGAAAUGGAGGAAAACUGGAAAUCCAAAGAAAUAGAAAGAUGUGACAAAAAUGAAAUCUCUCACUUUGAGAAAGGGGAGACAUUGAUGUCCUUUACAAAUUUUGAGGAAGGUGAUAUUCCUAUAGAUAGAGGAGAGGCUAUUGACUGCUAUGGUAAUGAAAUGAGAAAAGCAGAUGAGAACUCUCAAUAUCUUUCAUCAAGAAAUAAAAAGAGUGCAGUAGACAGAAACUAUGAACAAGAUUCAGAAAGCGUAUGCACUAUUCCAGUCAAGCUACGAGAAUUAACUCCAAAUCAGGAUGAAGAGAUUAGAGAUAGCAAAUCUGAUUCAAAAAGCACUUCAUUAGAAGAAGGUGAAGCAGUUGAACCAAACAAUAUUUUCAAAGAAUGUACUGUACUUGAAAGCUUGUCUAAUGUAGUCCCUGAUGGUCCCGUUAGAAAGCUCCCAGAAGGUCAUAGAAGCAGGGAGACAAACAUAAAAGUAUCAAUAGCAGAAGCAAGCAAACCAGAAAUGAAUGGGACAGUGCCUCUUAUCCACUUUACUUUCCCUGGAGAUGGAACCCCUAGGGAACCAGCGAUAGCUAAACCAAGCCUCCAGAAAAGAAAGGGCACUGUUCAUAACAAUAGCUCCAACGUACUUGCACAUCAAGAAAAUGAUAAGUGUAAGAAGAAUAUCCAUAGAAAUAAGUUGGAUUCAAAGAUUAACAGGACACCUCAGAAUUUCGUGGUUGCCAUUGAAGGGUCCAUUAAGCCUACCAUGCAUAAAAAUAGCAUAAAAACACCAGUGUUCCCUACUUUGGGACUUGCUGACCCCAGGCCCUGGCAAUUGCCGAAGUUUCAAAGGAGAAUGCCACAGAUAGAAAAGAAACAAUUGACUUAUCGGACCCAGAAACCUAAAAAGCAAGCAUUUCCUUGCAUCUGUAAAAAUCCAGGAAUAAAAAAGUCAUGUGUUCCUCUGUCUGUUCAACCACCAGAGCCAAGACUAAGUUACCUAGAUCUUAAGUACAGUGACAUGUUCAAAGAAAUAAAUUCCACUGCUAAUGGACCUGGGAUUUAUGAAAUGUUUGGGACUCCUGUUUAUUGUCACAUUCGAGAUGCUGAGCAUGAAAACAAAUAUUACCGUGAGAUAUGCUCAGCUCCAUCGGGCAGAUAUAUCACCAAUAAAUGUCGAUCUUCACACAGUGAAAGGAACAGCAAUAACAGAACAAAGCUUUCUCAGAAAAGACCACAUAUUAAACCCCCAAAGACAUCACUUGGCAUUAAACAAAAGCAUAAAGAUUUAAUUUCUAAAGAAAAGUGUUGCAAGGUUGUAAGUAGCAACCUACAAAUCAUUGAAAAUAGUGAUAGCAGUUCAGAACCAGAUCAGCCGAUAAAAUCUGCAGGAAGUGACUUUCUAUAUUCCAAAGAUGAAGUUCAACCCAUGAACUUGGCUCAGACUUUUGAGCAGUCUACUGAACAGAAUGAAUUCCCUCCUGUCUCAGACUUAUCCAUUGUUAAAGAAGUCUCUAUGGAAGAGUUUACAGAUGAAGGAGACAUUUCUAAUAAUCAAAUAAUUGCCACAAGCCUCAGAGAUCUGGAAGCACUUGAAGACCUACAUCACCAGAUCCCAUGUAUCCUUUCAGAAAAGAGCUGGGCAAUACCCAGUGAGAAGAGUUCCAACAAGCAAGUACUUCAAGACAAGGAGAAUGCAACAUCUCUUGGUAAAAUAAAUGCUGGUCAAGUUUUAACUAAUGAUCUAGAGUUUGACAGUUUUUCAGAUAAGUCAAAAACAUUUAUGAGUUUUUCUUCCCAAGAAAAACAAGAAAGUGCAUCUUCCCAGACAUAUCAAUAUCAGGCACAUUCUUGGGACUAUGAUAGUUUAGCAAAUAACUCAAUCACAUAUCAAAUGUUUGGGAAAAGGUUAAGCGAUACAAAUUCAAUUUCCCAAGAAAUUCUAAACUCUGCAAAGAAUGAAGAAUUGACAGAUGAAUUAUUAGGUUGUCUGGCUGCAGAACUAUUAGCUCUUGAUGAGAAAGAUAACAACUCGUGCCAAAUAAUGUCAAAUGAAACAGAUUCUGAAAACCUAAAUCUUAUUCUCAGUAGGAGAGGAAAUACCAUGAAAGAAUUGUUCAGCGAGACAACCAAUGUCAAAAUACAGAGAGAUAGUAAUGGGUUCAGAAUAUGUGACAUGGAGGAGAAAUUUCUCAACUCAAAUGAAAAGAAGACAUUUUCUGAAAAUAGUUUACGGUAUGAAGAACCUAUCCUGUGGACCAAGGGUGAGAUCCUUGGGAAAGGAGCCUAUGGCACCGUUUAUUGUGGUCUCACUAGCCAAGGGCAGCUAAUAGCUGUAAAACAGGUGACUUUGGAUACCUCUGAUAAAUUAGCUACAGAGAAAGAAUACCGGAAAUUGCAGGAGGAAGUAGAUUUGCUCAAAGCACUGAAACAUGUCAACAUUGUGGCCUAUUUGGGGACAUGCUUGGAAGAGAAUACUGUAAGCAUUUUCAUGGAGUUUGUUCCUGGUGGCUCAAUCUCUAGUAUUAUAAACCGUUUUGGGCCAUUGCCUGAGAUGGUGUUCUGUAAAUAUACAGAACAAAUUCUUCAAGGUGUUGCUUAUCUCCAUGAGAACUGUGUGGUGCAUCGAGAUAUCAAAGGAAACAAUGUUAUGCUCAUGCCAACUGGAAUAAUAAAGCUAAUUGACUUUGGUUGUGCCAAGCGUUUGGCUUGGGCUGGCUUAAAUGGCACCCACAGUGACAUGCUUAAGUCCAUGCAUGGGACUCCAUAUUGGAUGGCCCCCGAAGUCAUCAAUGAGUCUGGCUAUGGAAGGAAAUCAGAUAUCUGGAGUAUUGGCUGCACUGUGUUUGAGAUGGCCACAGGAAAGCCUCCACUGGCUUCCAUGGACAGAAUGGCAGCCAUGUUUUACAUCGGAGCCCACCGAGGGCUGAUGCCUCCUUUACCAGACCACUUCUCAGAAAAUGCGGCAGAUUUCGUGCGUGUGUGCCUAACCAGGGACCAGCAUGAGCGGCCAUCUGCUCUCCAGCUCCUGAAGCAUUCCUUCUUGAAGAGAAGUCAGUAAACAUAAAUCAAGGCUUUCUUCCCAUUUCUACUGUAGAUGUUCCGUUGUUGCUUAAUUGUGGGAAUGAUGGUUAAGGGACUUUUAUUUUCUGACUAGAAAUUCUA